UACAACAGAGCUACACGUCGAAAGCAGGUGCACAACGCAGGGAAAUCACAAAUACGAGACGAAUGACGGCAUAGCAUAUGGUGGCUUACCGUCUCCAACAACAGAAGAAACGUCCGCCACAAACCAAAACUGUGUGCUUUCAGUAGAACAAUGUCACGAGUGGGCACUGUCUGCUGACCUCCUUUCUCCAGAGUGACUGCUGUUUUUUCAGAUAGAAGCCAUUCACUCCGCUAUCAACAAAAUGUCGGGUACCUACACACCAGCUCCUGGUGGGCCAUUCUCUGCUCUCACCCCAAGCAUGUGGCCUCAGGACAUUUUGGCCAAGUACCAUCAAAAAGACUGCUCAGAACAACAUGAACUCCAAUAUGAUGAGUUUGGCUUCAGAGUGGACACUGAUGACGGUGGGAAGUCCAGGUCCUGGCUGGGCAGUGAAGGCUCACCCCAGCGUGAAGACCCCCAGCAGAGAUUACGUUGGCAAGCCCACCUGGAGUUCACCCACAACCACACGGUCGGUGACCUGACCUGGGAGCUCAUUGAUCCCGUCCUUGCGCGCUCUGACCGUCUACGUGCCCUGGUGUUGGGUGGCAUACCUCACAGCAUGAGGCCACAGCUAUGGAUGCGUCUCUCUGGAGCACUGCAGAAGAAGAGGACCUCUGAGAUCUCUUACAGAGAAAUCAUUAAGAACAGUUCCAAUGAUGACACCUCCACAGCUAAACAGAUAGAGAAGGACCUGUUACGGACUAUGCCAACCAAUGCGUGUUUCAGCAGUCUGACCAGCGUCGGAGUGCCGAGGCUGAGACGGGUCCUCAGGGGCCUGGCCUGGCUCUACCCAGACAUUGGGUACUGUCAGGGCACUGGCAUGGUGGUAUCCUGUCUGCUGCUCUUUCUUGAGGAGGAGGAUGCGCUAUGGAUGAUGUGUGCCCUGAUCGAAGACCUCCUUCCUCCUUCCUACUUCUCCUCCACUUUGCUGGGCGUCCAGACGGACCAGAGGGUUCUCCGCCAGCUCAUUGUUCAGUACCUGCCAGCCCUCGACCGCCUUCUGCAGGAGCAUGACAUAGAGUUGUCGCUGAUCACACUGCAUUGGUUCCUGACAUCAUUUGCGAGUGUGGUGGACAUUCGUCUGCUCCUUAGGAUCUGGGACCUGCUCUUCUACCAGGGCUCAUUGGUGCUCUUUCAGGUCACACUGGGCAUGCUCAAAGUCAAGGAGGAGGAGCUCAUAUCAUCAGAGAACUCUGCGUCCAUUUUUAAUACUCUGUCAGACUUGCCAAGCCAGCUGAGAGAUGGGCCCGCGGUUCUCGGAGAGGCUAUGAGGCUAGCAGGGACGCUAUCCCAGGAAACAUUGGAAGCCCACCGACACAAACACCUAGCCUACAUCCUAAAUGAACAGGCGCAGCUCAGCAAUGGAAACACCACUCUCAACACCAAUCUCAACAAGGUGGUGAGGAGGCAGUCACUGCGCAGGAAGUCCACACUGAGCUCCCUGCUGUUCGGGGAGGAUGAGGCAGAGGCCCUGAAAUCCAAGAACAUUAAGCAGACCGAGCUGGUGGCAGCCCUGCGAGAGGCCAUAACCCGCACUGCAGAGCACUUCCACUGUCUGGAUCCACGUCACUCUAGCACUGACCUGACUCCUGACUACUCCAUGGAGAGCCACCAGCGAGAUCAUGAAAACUUUCUUGUGGUCUCUCGCACCAGACGGAGACGGGCAAAGGCUUUGCUGGACUUUGAGCGACAUGAUGACGACGAACUGGGCUUCAGGAAGAAUGACAUCAUCACUAUUGUCUCACAGAAGGAUGAACACUGUUGGGUUGGAGAGCUCAAUGGCCUUAGAGGUUGGUUUCCGGCAAAGUUUGUGGAGAUCCUCGAUGAAAGAAGCAAAGAGUAUUCAUUAGCAGGUGAUGACUCUGUGACAGAGGCAGUGACAGACCUGGCCAGGGGAACACUGUGUCCAGCCCUAAAGGCCAUCUUUCAGCACGGUCUCAAGAAACCGUCUAUACUGGGAGGGCCUUGUCACCCUUGGCUAUUCAUAGAAGAGGCGGCCAGUAGAGAGGUAGAGAGGGACUUUAACUCAGUCUACUCCAGACUGGUGCUGUGUAAAACCUACAGGUUAGAUGAAGAUGGGAAAGUACUAACACCAGAGGAGCUGCUAUAUAGAGCAGUGCAGUCAGUGAACAUGAGCCACGACUCUGCACAUGCUCAGAUGGACGUCAAGUUUAGGUCUCUUGUCUGCGUCGGCCUCAAGUAUGUUUUCAAGACGAACACACAGAAUUUAAAUCAACACAGUAGUCUGCCUGUACAUGGUAUCUUAACAUGUGUGUACCCCACCAGUGAGCAGGUGCUGCACCUAUGGUUGGAGGUGUUGUGCUCCAGUAUGGCUGCCGUAGAAAAAUGGUAUCAUCCAUGGUCAUUCCUUCGCAGUCCUGGAUGGGUACAGAUCAAGUGCGAGCUCAGGGUCUUAUCAAAGUUUGCCUUCAGCCUCUCCCAAGAUUGUGAGCUCCCUGACAAGAAAGAGGAGAAGGAUCAGAGACCGCUGAAAGAGGGCGUGCAGGAUAUGUUGGUGAAACAUCACCUCUUCAGCUGGGACAUUGAUGGCUAAAUGCACAGCGAGAAACGGCUGAAACCUACCCUGUCCUGCGUCUCUGUGUAUAUUGGAUGUCUCUUCACCUGUUCCUCACGGACUCUCAAGCAUAAAUUAUACAGUUGUCUGCUACAGUUAAGUGACUACUUUAAAGACCAAUGUUUCAGCAUUGGACAAUGGGGGCACCCUAAUAAUUACUCUUGAGACUCUCAUGUCAUCAUAAAGGUCGAUCAGCACGGAUGUGCUGAAGCAUGUAUGCAUUAAGGUGCAUACUUUAUUUGAAUCCAGGCCCAGUGUAGGGGGUUGCACUACAUGGUGAAAACUAUAUAUACAAGCAAAAUUCUCCUGUAGUACAGAAUAGUCUUUACCUAUGGGAAAGGAGCACUCAAUGUGUCCUAACAGGAUUUCUUCAGUACUCACUGCUCUGACCAUUCACCAUUUCAUUGCUAACUGAGCGUACUUUGUUGUGCAGGAGUGAGACGUAGAGUCCAUUCUAAUGCUGUGUGUGUGUGUGUGUGUGUGUGUGUGUGUGUGUGUGCGCGCGCGCAGGAGGUCAUCACCACAACAAACACUCAUGGUCCUAAAUUCCACUUACCCUGUAAAUUCCCAAAUAUUAAGACCAAAACGGAACAUUGCUGAAGAUGGAGCUGUGAAGUUACAAAUUAUUUUUGAGAGGAAUGCUACUUACCUCAAUAUCCUGAAUUCCACAGAAUAUUCCAUUAAAUACUAAUGUUGCACAUGCCAAGUAAAGCCUUUUCAAAUUGUAAUAUAAAACUGUGGGUAUAUGUGUGCUACCUUAACAGUGGUAGUGAUCAGUCUGCACUUAUGACAUAAUGUAAAUGAAGCAGAUAAGUUUUUGUGUUACAAAUCUACAGUAAAUAAAUGUUACAUAUAAUUUGUAAUGUUUUUUGUAUAUAAAAACAUCUGUUGCUUGUGACUAGAUGUGCCCUUGCAAGUUAAAGCAAUUCAGCAAAGGACUUUAUCAUUCUUAGUUAAACAGAGCUUUAGUUUGGAAUACAAGCUGCACAUACAUUAGAAAAUGGGAUUGUCUAUUUUAUUUAUUCUGUUAAAACGGUGGACAAUUCCAGAUAAUGGCAGCCUAUAAUUGGGGACUUUAUGGUUCAUAGUUUGACAAAACAAUCACUAUUUUUGUGGUGCAGAUGACUUCGCAUGUUACAUUUUUAGCAGGUUAGUUUUUGGAUACUUUGCUGAUAGCAAAGAUUUUGUUGUAUUGGUUUUUAUUCCCGCAAAGCUAUUAGAUCUUGAAGGCAUUAAGCUUGAAAUUGUUGUGUAAUAUCAGUUGAGAAUGUUUUGUACUUACAUUGUUAACUGUAACAUUCCCAUGUACAGAAAAAAACCUGUCAACUCAGCAUCUGGUUUUACAUGAUUGUAGCCCGUGGAAAUCACAUUAUAUUGAUCGUCAUAAAUUUGCAAAUCGAAAUACAGAAGAAUAAUCUGUU